CGACAGCGGUUUGGAAAAGUUCCCGUCCUUCCGAAACUAAAAUCGGAGAAUAAGCGGCUUUGGAGACAACCUACUGGUGUUUCUGUGCAAGGCUAGGGUUCAAGUUUGUUCAGAAGUUGCACAAGAUCUAGGAGGAUGUCGGCAACAAGCAGUGCACAGAGUUUGGGUGACGUCAGGAGAAAGGCGAAAAAGGAUUUUUCUGUGCGAUCUGUCGGAGAGGAGAAACGCUACAAGUGUGAGGAGUGCAACAAACAGUUCAGUCAUCUAGGUUAUUUGAACACACAUAUCCGGACUCACACAGGUGCGAAACCUUACAACUGCGGGGAUUGCAACAAGAAGUUCAGUCAGCAGGGUGAUUUGAAGAGACACAUGCGUACUCACACAGGGGAGAAGCCUUACAAGUGUGAGGAGUGCAGCAAGCAGUUCAGUCGGAUAUGGAAUCUUAAGACUCACAUGCGGACUCACACAGGUGAGAAACCCUACAGGUGUAAGGAUUGCAGCAAGCAGUUCAGUGAGAUAGGUCAUCUGAAGACUCACAUGCGCACUCACACAGGGGAGAAACCCUACAGGUGUGAGGAGUGUAGCGGGCAGUUCAGUAGGCUGUAUUCUCUGAAGACUCACAUGCGGACUCACACAGGUGAGAAACCUUACAGGUGUGAGGAGUGCAGCAGGCAGUUCAGUGAGCUGGGUACUCUGAAGAAACACAUGCGGACUCACACAGGGGAGAAACCCUACAGGUGUGAGGAAUGCAGCAGGCAGUUCAGUGAUCUGGGUGAUCUGAAGACUCACAUGCGCACUCACACAGGGGAGAAACCCUACAGGUGUGAGGAGUGUAGCGGGCAGUUCAGUAGGCUGUAUUCUCUGAUGACUCACAUGCGGACUCACACAGGUGAGAAACCUUACAGGUGUGAGGAGUGCAGCAGGCAGUUCAGUGAGCUGGGUACUCUGAAGAGACACAUGCGGACUCACACUGGGGAGAAAGCUUACACAUGUGAGGAGUGCAGCAAGCAGUUCAGUCGGCUGUAUAGUCUGAAGAAACACAUGGGAACUCACUCAACGGAUCUUUACAAAAGUUGCACAAACUCUAGGAGGAUGUCGACAGCAAACAGUGCCCAGGGUCUGGGUGACGUCAGGAGAAGGGUGAAAAGGGAUUCUUCUGUGCGAUCUGUCAGAGGGGGGAAACCCUACAGGUGUGAGGAGUGCAAUAAGCAGUUCAGUCGACUGGGUAAUCUGAAGACUCACAUGCGGACUCACACAGGGGAGAAACCCUACAAAUGUGUGAAGUGCAGCAAGCGGUUUAGUCAGCUGGUUCAUUUGAAAGGUCACAUGCAGACCCACACAGGGGAGAAACCCUACAGGUGUGAGGAGUGCAGCAGGCAGUUCAGUCAGUUGAGUAAUCUAAAGAAACACAUGCGGACACGCACAGGGGAGAAAUCCUACGAAUGUUUGGAGUGCAGCAAGCGGUUUAGUCAGCUGGCUCAUUUGACAGGUCACAUGCAGACUCACACAGGGGAGAAACCUUACAGGUGUGAGGAGUGCAGCAGGCAGUUCAGUCAGAUGGGUGAUCUGAAAAGGCACAUGCGAACUCACACAGGUGAGAAGCCCUACAAGUGUGAGGAGUGCAGCAGGCAGUUCAGUGAGUUGGGUCAUCUGAAGAGACACAUGCGGACUCACACAGGGGAGAAACCCUACAGAUGUGAGGAGUGCAGCAAGCAGUUCAGUGACCUGAGUGAUCUGAACAAACACAUACGGACUCACACAGGGGAAAGACCAUACAGGUGUGAGGAGUGCAGCAAGCAGUUCAGUCAGCAUGGUCAUCUUGAGGAACACAUGCGGACUCACACAGGGGAAAAACCCUAUAAGUGUGAGGAGUGCAGCAGGCAGUUUAGUCAGCAGAGUCAUCUGAAGAAACACAUACGGACUCACACAGGGGAGAAACCCUACAAGUGUGAAGAGUGCAGCAGGAACUUCAGUCGGCUGGGCAGUCUGAAAACACACAUUCGCACUCACACAGGUGAGACACCCUACAAGUGUGAGGAGUGCAGCAGGCAGUUCAGUCGGCUGGGUAAGCUCAAGAGACACGUGCGGACUCACACAGGUGAGAAACCCUACACGUGUGAGGAGUGCAGCAGGCAGUUCAAUGAGCUGGGUACUCUGAAGAGACACAUGCGGACUCACACUGGGGAGAAACCAUACACAUGUGAGGAGUGCAGCAGGCAGUUCAGUCGGCUGUAUAGUCUGAAGAAACACAUGGAAACUCACUCAACGGAUCUUGUACAUGUGUGAGGAGUUCAGCAAGGAUGUCCCUAAGCUUUGUCAUCUUAAUCAUUAAGAUGACCAAGCUGAUGAAAAUGCUUGCUUGUGAGUCAGCUUGUGUCAAUUAAAUGGAGACAAGCUGACUCACACAGGUGAGAAACAGGUGUGAGGUGUACCAGCAGGUGGAAAAGUGAAUCAGAUUGACAGUUUAGUCAGCGCCUGAACCUGAAAAGUUACCUGCACUGACACGUUGUCAGGAAAGCCAGUUCAGUUCGGGUUUUUUUCUGACGCUCCAUGCAGCCUUUUCUGUUAUGGUGUUCAUUUUGAUCCCAUGUAAAUAUUGAAGUACAAUUAUAACUUGUAGUUUUCUAGUAUUUAGUUUCCAAGAUGGAAGUUUUGUUGCUUGUGUAUCAUGUUCAAGUUCAUCUCCUGUUUUGUAAUGAUGGGAUAUUGUAGACCUUUUUUUAUUGUUUCGUAGCAAACUUUAAGUUAACUGCAACUAGCACGUUUUGGUAUCUGUAUUUACAUAUUCACAUACAGUAGUGAGGUAUGUCUACAUGGAAAAAGUAGAAUUUUGUUUGCUGUUUUGCAAUUCCUUUAAAGGUACAUAAUACAUCGUGUUUGAUGGAUUGCUAACGAUGUGGAGGUUUUUUUGGAAAUAGAACGUAACAUUUCUUUGUAUCUAAGCUAGAAACUAACACUGAUUUGAAGAAAGUAGAACUAGAACGUAACAUUGAGGAUUGUUUUUGUACCUUCAUCGACAUUUAAUGAACAGUAUUAAGUCAAUGUCUAAAGAAGAAGAGUAGUGAACUUGUUAUUUUCCCUUCCUCCUAGGAAUUAUAUCUCUAGCGCUAUGUUCCGUAACGUUCUAGAUUUUAGACUUGCAGUUAGAUGGGAGAACAGUAGACCAAUAGAGCUGUUAAUACUCUUGUAGUAUAAGUUCACUUUACUUAUUAAUAUCUAUCUUUGUUGUUAAAUAGUUUGCAUUGAUACAUUUUGUUAAAAAGUUGCUUACAAUAAACAG